AUGCCCAAGGAUGUUUAUUUAAGAAAAAUUUUAGGAUCAGAGAGGCUACAGCGUAUCAAGUCUUCCAAGAUUGUCAUGGUUGGUGCCGGUGGAAUUGGCUGUGAGCUUCUCAAGGACUUGCUCUUAUCAGGUUUUGGAGAAAUUCACAUCGUUGACUUGGAUACCAUCACGCUAUCGAAUUUGAAUCGUCAGUUCCUCUUUCGCCAAAAAGAUAUCGAUAAGCUGAAGUCACUUACAAUUGCCCAAGCUGUUCAGAGCUUCAACUUUUUCAACUCCAAUUUAGUCCCACACCACGGAAAUGUGAUGGACACCAACUUAUUUCCACUUUCUUGGUGGUCACAGUUCGACUACAUCUACAACGCGUUAGACAACCUAGAAGCACGUAGAUACGUUAACAGGUUGGCCCUUUUUCUUCGCAAGCCGCUUAUGGAAUCAGGAACUACUGGUUUCGAGGGUCAGAUUCAACCAAUUUACCCAUACAGCACCGAGUGUUUUGAAUGUCAGCCAAAGGCUACUCCCCAGACAUUCCCAGUCUGUACCAUCAGGUCAACUCCAUCUCAGCCAGUUCACUGCAUUGUAUGGGCCAAGGAGUUCCUCUUCACUCAACUCUUUGAUGAGACCCUGGAGAAAGAGGUUAAUCAAGCUGAAUUGAGCAAGGAAACAGAUGAUCCGGAGGAGAUUGAGAGAAUCCUUCUGCAAGCUAAUGAGCUAUCAGCUCUCAAGAAGUUGGUCUCCGACGACGACUUCCCUACAAAGCUUGUGAAGAAGAUAUACAAAGACGACGUCGAAAAGUCACUCAGACUAGAGAGUCUUUGGAAAAACAGGGUUCCGCCCAAUCCUCUCGAUUUCGACAAAGUAUACAAGAAGGACCUCGACGAACUCUUGAGCAACCCAGAAAACACAAAGCUCUUGAUAGACGACACCCACGACUGGUCGGUGUUGCAAAACAUUUAUGUUCUUUUCAAGUCCACCGAGGCUCUUCAAAAGAGGGUAAAGUCAGGCAAGCAGACUAUCAUUACCUUCGACAAGGAUGACGAAGACACACUUAAUUUUGUCGCUGCCGCAGCCAAUUUGAGAUCGCAUGUGUUCCAUAUACCGUUGAAGACCAAAUUCGACAUCAAACAAAUAGCCGGAAACAUCAUUCCCGCAAUUGCCACGACCAAUGCCAUAAUAAGUGGCUUCUCGAACUUGGGCUCUUUGCUGUAUUUCAACAGUGAUUUCGUUGCAAAAGAUACAAAGAGUGUGUUCAUUUCCAUUAAGCCAAACAAACGAAUUACGUCAGCCGCUGUCGAGGGACCUAACCCCAAGUGUGCCAGUUCUGGAAUCACAAAGGCAAUAAUACGACUUACGAAGAACGACUUCAAGAAGACACUUGCAGAGUUAGUGAAACAAGUCAGCACAAAAUACGGCUAUUCAGGUGAUAUUUCUGUCAUUUUGGGCAAGUCGAGAUUGAUUUACGAUUUUGAUUUCGAUGACAAUGCAGAGAAACAGCUUCAAGACAUUCAAGGCUUUGCAACAGACGAGGUGCUCUUAUUCCAAGAUGAAGAGGAAGAACUAGAGAACCUCGAGCUCUACAUUCAAGAAGUACAAGAUAAUGGUGGAAACGCGCUUCCCGAUGUCCAGCUCAGAGCCAAGGUGAAAUUUGACGAGGAGCCAGAUUCGCCCAGUGACGAAGAAAUGGAAACAACCACGGUUGUUCUAGAUGACGAGCCACCAUCGAAGAAGAGAAAGACCAACGGGUCGGUCGAGGACACGCUGAUCAUACUAUAG